AUGGCCGGUCCCGGAGGUGGUCCUCCUCGCCGCAGUCACACCAAGUCCCGCAAGGGCUGUGAUACUUGCAAGCGCCGCCACAUCAGAUGUGACGAGAACUUUCCUCAAUGCCGCAACUGCACCAAGCACAAGAUCCGCUGCCCCUACAACGACAUGCCCAUCCCCGAGGACAGGUCGACGACCCCCGACAAGCCCGAUCUCAUGUGGACCCCCGAGAUCGAGGCCGCCAUCGCACAGUGGCAGCGCACCGGCAUCUUCCCCUUCCCCAACCUGGGCAUCUACCCUGAGCCGAAUCCUCAGCGCUACUCGGUCGAGGAUCUCAGGUUGAUCUACCACGUCGCAAAGAUUUGUGAUGAGUUGGCCGUCUUUGACUACAAUGGCUUCACCAUCUGGACCCGCCAGAUGCCGACCAUCAUCAAAAUCGGAGUCACUCACAGCUAUGUCAUGCAUGCUCUCCUGGGUUUCGCGGCCAUGCACAUUGCCUUCCUCACCGACUGUCCCCUGGUCGGCAACAUGGGUACCGAGCACCGCGGCCUCGCCAUGAACGGCCUGCAGGAGGCCAUCAGCACCUUCGGCCACGAAACGUCGGACGCCGUCUUGGCCGCCUCGCUGGUUCUCUCGUGGCAAGCUACGGAUUGGAAAAGCUGGACCCAGCUCAUGCAAGGAACCUCAUCGGUCAUCGAGGCCAUGGACCCCUGGAAGCACACCUCCCAGUUUGGCGACUUCAUUGCCGAAAGCUGCACCUUCCCAACCGCGCCCGGCUCGCCCAGCCCGGAUCACAAGCCGAGCCAGCCCCGCAAGGAGGACACCGAGGCCUUCACCAAGACGCUGCAGCAGCUGCAAAAGUUGGAGAUUCACCUGAAGCACAACAAGGAGGAGAGCCACGUCAAGAUGAUCCAGCAGUUGGUCAGCUUCGUCAAGGGCGCCCGCAAGUUCAACACCGGCCUGUCCAUUUGCCAGCAGUUUGAGCGCCUCAGCCCCCUGCGCAACUGGCUUUUCUGGCUGCCUGUGAUGCUGCUCAAGCAAACGGGCGGAUCGCCAACGGCACUGGUCGUCAUUGCUCACUUCUACACCGUGGCCCUCGUGACGGAGCGUCUGUUCCCCGACAUUGGCGCCGCCUACUUUGGCAGCCUGUCCAUCGGCCCCGUCGAGGAGAUUGCCCGCCGCCUCCUGUCCAUCAACAUCUCUGGCACCGUAGACGGCGACCUCCAGACCCCCCUCACGCUCAUGGAGUUCCCCAUCGACACUGUCAACGAGUUCCGCCACAGGAUGGGCUGGACGCAGCCUGCGCGCACACCCUCGUUCCCUCAGUUCAACCCUCCCAACUUCUACCUGAACGAGCCCGUGCCCCUGCCGCCCGUCACCGAUUCGUACAUGCCGUAUGGCACCCAGGCCUUCAGCUACAGCACCGAGUCCCUGAUGAUGCCCGAGACUGCCGCCGCGCCUCCCAACAACAUGUCGCCGCUGGUGUUAUCAUCCCCCUUUGUGCACUCGCAGUACCUCAACAUCCCCAGCCCCAACUACGGCGGCUACAGCCCGUCCUCCUCGACCUUUGAGGGCUCCAUCGUGUACAGCGACAACGAGGACUACGGCUAUGAGCAGCGUUUCGACAUGAGCGGUAUGCCCGCGGUCAACAACCAACUUGGCGUCGGGAUGCCAACCACACCGACAUACCCGCCGCCCGAGGACCAGCACCUCCUGGCAUCGUCUUCGCACACGGUGCCCCCCUCGCCCUUCCUCAACCCGGAACAAUUCGGCAUGCUCCCGCUCCCCGAGUCACCCAUCCCUCCCAACCUGCCUCUGCGCCACCGACACACCCCGUCGUCCUCGGUCACGGAGUCGCCGCGGUCCGUAAGCGCACCCUUCCCGCCACGCAACCAAUGGCUGGGAUCGACGCCGACUGUCCACAUCAAGUCCGAGAAGGGCAAGGAGCGAGAGCUAUAG